AUGUCACCUGAGUUUGGAAUGGCACUCGGUUCUUUGUCUGUGCUGUCUUUGCUGCUUUUGGAGUUUCAUCUGGGCUUUGGAGCUCCAGCAGCAGGACCGGUGUUUCUCUCCGGCCAGGUAGCCGACGGCGUCCUGCAGAGACACAAGCGCUACAACACAGGCCUGUUUGAGGAGGUGAUGGAGGGAAACCUGGAGAGAGAGUGCAAAGAGGAAGUGUGUGACUUGGAGGAAGCCCGGGAGUUCUUUGAGAACGAUGAAAAGACCAUGGAGUUCUGGGCAGGAUAUAUUGACAGCGAUCAGUGUGAGUCCAGUCCCUGUGUGAACCAGGGCUCAUGUGAAGACCACAUUGGAUCCUACACAUGCACAUGUCCGUCCAGCUUCACUGGCACCAACUGUGAAAUCGGUAUUGCAAAAAGAUGCGAUGUAAACAAUGGAGACUGUAUGCACUUCUGUGAGUCGAUGGGGACCUUUGGAGCUAAAUGCUCCUGCGCUCGAGGAUACAGGCUGAUGGAGGAUGGGUUCAGCUGUGAAGCAGAAGUUGAAUUCCCAUGUGGCAGAACUGCCUUGAUGGAAGUGAGCAUGGCGUCCAGCAGGUCGCUGGGCCAGCACCCGAACACCAGCCUGCAGAACACCACUUCACAGAGCAACGUGAGCACAACCACAUCCUCCCCCUCAACUCCGGCCAGCGCCACAGAGUCCUUUCUGGCCACAAAUAGCACUGAGCAGAUACUGCCCACAUGGAUGUACAAUUAUUCCGAGUUCCCCUCGGAGGAGCCGAUCCGACCCUACAGGCGCAUCGUCGGGGGAGAGGUGGUCAUUCCGGGAGAGAUCCCAUGGCAGGUGGCCUUGGUAUUACAUCCCAGCGGUGAGGUAUUCUGCGGGGGCUCCAUCGUCAGCGAGCGCUGGAUCAUCACCGCUGCUCACUGUGUGGUGGAGGCACACGGCUCCUUUGUUGUCAGAGUAGGGGAGCAUAACGUCCACAUCAAUGAGGGCACCGAGCAGGACUUCGGCCUGUUGGAGGUACACAUGCACCCACGUUACAACGCAAGCGUGAGCUUGUACAACCACGACAUCGCCCUGCUGUAUCUCCAAAGCUCCAUCACCUUCUCCAAGUUAGUGCGACCCAUCUGCGUUGGGCCCAAGCCCUUCAUUGAGACUCUGGUGAAGGUGUCUUCCCCGGCCACCGUCAGCGGUUGGGGGCGAACCCGCUUCCUGGGGGCAACGGCCGACACCCUGCAGAAGGUGGAGGUUCCCUUCACAGAUCGGACAGAGUGCAAGCGCAGCAGCAGCGCCAGGAUCACUCCAGUCAUGUUCUGCGCGGGAUACUACGACGAGGAACAAGACGCCUGUCAGGGCGACAGCGGGGGGCCGCACGCCAACAAGAUGGACGACACCUGGUUCCUGACUGGCAUCGUCAGCUGGGGGGAGGAGUGCGCAAAAGAGGGGAAAUAUGGCGUUUACACCCGGGUGUCUCUGUACUACCGCUGGAUAACCCACAUUAUGGAAUCAGCUAAGGACAGACUGGAAGUGGAUAUGGACGAUCCCGACUCUUAG